UCCUGAGGGUCACCUGCCUUUUCUUCCCCCUCCAGCAUGUCCAAAAUCCUGAAGUGUGCAGGGAAUGAGGACAUCAUCACCCUGCGGGCGGAGGACAACGCAGACACCUUGGCCCUGGUGUUCGAGGCACCGAAUCAGGAGAAGGUCUCGGAUUACGAGAUGAAGCUGAUGGAUCUGGACGUGGAGCAGCUCGGCAUUCCAGAGCAGGAGUACAGCUGCGUGGUGAAGAUGCCGUCGGCGGAGUUCGCGCGAAUCUGCCGCGACCUGAGCCACAUCGGCGACGCCGUCGUCAUCUCCUGCGCCAAGGACGGCGUCAAGUUCUCUGCCAACGGAGAGCUGGGCAACGGCAACAUCAAACUGUCCCAGACCAGCAACGUGGACAAGGAGGAGGAGGCUGUCACAAUAGAGAUGAACGAGCCAGUCCAGCUGACCUUUGCCCUGAGGUACCUGAACUUCUUCACCAAAGCCACCCCCCUGUCCCCUACAGUCACACUCAGCAUGUCUGCAGACGUUCCUCUGGUGGUGGAGUACAAGAUCGCUGACAUGGGACACCUGAAGUACUACCUGGCCCCAAAGAUCGAGGACCAGCAGGAAGGCUCUUAAGUGGGGCAGGACUGAGGGGGAGCUGCUCGUGGCUUGGAGAAGGGAAUGGUGUUGAUAGCAAUUCCAGUGCCUUGGAGCAUCCUGGGAGCACUGUUAGGCUUGGCCUGUAGAUACCUUUGUAAAUAUUUUUCAACUUUCUGUCUUGCUCUCUUUGGUAUCUUUGGAAAUAGGAAUCGUUGGGGUUUUCCUAGUCUGUUCCUGUACUCCCAAUAAUCUCUUGGAUGCUGUCUGAAGGUGAAAUUUCUGACUCCUCUCGACUUGUGCAGGAGAAGGGGGACAAUAUUUAAUGAGUCAGGAUGUCUCCUGGAGUUUCACCUGUGUAGUUUAGGGUUGAUGUUUUUAUUAUGCCACAAGUUUAUGUGACUUGACUUCAUUUAUUUUUGAAGCUGAUAUUCUAACUGAAACUUGGGAAUAAAAGGAUAUAAUUUCAUGGGGUUUGUCCUGUUGAAA